ACUGGGGAUAUUUUUUGUUCUGGGAUAGCUACGCUCCUCUGAAGGUUCCAAUAGUUGCUUUACCGCCCUCUCUCGAAACCUCUCCAGCUGUGUCUCCAAAACCCUCUUCUAGGGUUUGGGCUGUGCUCCCCAGAGGGAGGGUUGAAGCUGGAGCCAAUGUUAACGGCGCUUCCAAGAAGUCCAAGCAAGAAAUGGACUCCUUAUCAUCUGGUGUAGGAAGCAAAUCGAAGCCAUGUACCAAGUUUUUCAGCACUGCUGGCUGCCCGUUUGGUGAGAGCUGCCACUUCUUGCACUAUGUUCCAGGUGGUUAUAACGCUGUUGCCCAGAUGAUGAAUUUGACACCAGCUGUGCCUCCGGCGUCUAGAAAUUUUGCUGUCCCUCCACCUAUCCCCAAUGGGACCGCACCACCCACUGUUAAAACCCGCAUAUGCAAUAAAUACAAUACUGCUGAGGGCUGUAAGUUUGGUGACAAGUGUCACUUUGCCCAUGGUGAAUGGGAACUUGGUAAGCCUAUUGCUACAUCAGUGGAUGAUCAUCGUACUAUGGGACCUAUUUCCAGCCGCUCAGCUUCUCGGAUGGAGCCUCCUCCAGGUCCUGUUGGUAGUUUUGGUGCCAAUGCCACUGCUAAGAUCAGUGUUGAAGCUUCAUUGGCCGGAGCUAUCAUAGGAAAGGGUGGUGUGAACUCGAAGCAGAUCUGCCGCCAAACAGGAGCCAAACUUACAAUUCGGGAUCAUGAGUCAGAUCCAAAUUUAAGGAACAUCGAACUUGAAGGUAGUUUUGAGCAAAUUAAGAAUGCGAGCAACAUGGUAAAAGAGUUGCUGGUGACAUUAUCAAUAUCGGCGCCACCUAAAACUCAUGGCGUUUCCGGAGCACCAGGUUCACAUGGAAGUAACUACAAGACGAAGCUGUGCGAGAAUUUUGCUAAAGGAUCUUGCACCUUUGGGGAAAGAUGUCACUUUGCGCAUGGGGCUGCCGAAUUACGUAAAGCAGGAGUAUGAAUUUCACCGUGAUUGGAUACGAUUUGUUUUCGGCCUUGUACUAGGCAGCGAUCCUGUCAUUGUUGUGCAUUGCCAAUUAGUGGUACUGACUGAAUCUCCUCUAUUAGGGUUUUUCUCCUGACUUCUUGUCGGCCUUUCUAAUUGCCAAAUUUUCCAUUAUCUUCGUUUUAGAA